AUGGGAUGCGGGACGUCUCGCGACGCGAGGGCGACGGAGACGGUGGAAACCGUUGAGACGGUGCAACCGGUCGAGGUGAAAGCGGUGGAGGCGGUGGAGACGACGGGCGAGGCGAUGGAUGAGAGAGACGUCAACGAUGUUUCAACGACGCCCGAGCGGGAGGUUUCGGAUGAUGACGACGCGAUGGUGAUGAACGAACGCUCGCACGAAUCGGUUAAACCGUCCGUAACACUAGAGACGUCUGUGGGCGAAGAUUUAGGGGUACACUCGGCGCGUGAGAUCGAGGAGGCGGGACAGCGUGCGGACGCGUUUGAGGCGUCGAGCGAGCGAACGGAGACGACGGAAAGAGCCGCGGUGCCGCUCGUGCGCGAGCCGACGGCCAUGCGCGCAUCGAGUGUGAUGAAAGAUGAGAUCUCGACGAGGGAGGCGGCGCUGAUGGCGAGAUUAGAUGCGUUGGAGAGUCUUACGGCUGCGGCGAGAACAAAGUGUCGGAUGUACGACUUGCUCGAGGCGGAGUGCACGACGAUGCGGGAGGUCAUGGACGAAGUGAAACGAGACGCGAGGAUGUUCUGUAGUGAGUGUGAGGCGGAGGCAGAGGAGUUUACCGAACGCGCGAGAGCAGCGGUUGCGGAAGCGCGGAGCGCACUGCGCGAGCAGACGAAACGAUAUGAACUAGCCAUGGAGGAUUUUGAGCGACAGACGAGGCAUCGUGUGGCCAUGGCGACGCUUCGCUCGAAGUCGGACGCCGCGCGCGCGAGAUUACGAGCGAGUGAGGCCAUUGAAGAGUGUGAGAGCUAUCGCAAAGAGAUCGAGCGCUUGCACUCAGAGCUGGAGGCGGCGCGUGACGAGAUUUCUGCAGUCACACUUGCAGUUCAGCCAUCCGUGAAACGCGUUGAUAAAGACGACGACGUCUCGACCGUUUCGGAUUUUGGGCGAUGCAGCGGGAUGAGAUGGCAGCUGUGGGCGCUACGUUUGAUUCGCGAGAGCGAGAAGAGCGUUGUGCGUGAAGCCGAGGAAAGCUUGAUUGAACUCGGGCAUCUUCGAGUCGAGGUCGCCGAGCUGCGCCGUCUGUCUGAGGACGACUUGACGUUCGAUGAAAUUAGCGCGCUACUGAUCGAUUCCGCGGAACAUUCCGGUUUGAAACAUUCUUUACGCGACGAGCCCGAGCCUUACGACUUCUACGACAGUCGCUUCAUUCUGUAA